AUGUCCUACCUCCCGAGAACCAUGAGGCUUCUGCUGCUGGCUCUUCCUGUCCUCGCUCUUCUGCCCCAAGUGACCCCAGACUAUGGUGCUGAGAAAAGGUGCUUGAAAAAAUUGGGGCACUGCAGGAAAAACUGCAAUGAUGACGAAAUGGCCCAGGAGGCAUGCAAAUAUUACCGGGUCUGCUGCGUGCCGGACACCAACAGCUACAAGCAGAGGACUGCCAUCACUUGGAGCACGGAGGAAACCUCUACCAUAGAGUACGACCUGUCCUCAGACAUCACGGAUGUUUUCAACACAGUAUAG